AUGUCCAAGCCUUUCAGCCCAAAGCCAACCCCAUACUCCCUGGACGGCCGCGAAACCGACCUCUUACACUACAUCUACGCACAAGACCUCUCAACCCUGACCAACAACCCCGCCAAUAUCCUCACCGCAAUCAACACGUACAGCACGCAGACCAACGCACUAAUGAACGUCGGCCCAGAAAAAGGCGCCUAUAUCUCAGACCUUAUCCAAACCCACCAACCACAGCUGAUGCUCGAACUCGGCGGGUACAUAGGCUACUCAGCCAUCAAGUUCGGGUCUGUAAUGCGUUCCCACGGCGGCAAAUACAUCAGUCUCGAGAUGAACCCCGAAAUGGCCGCGGUUGCAAACCAGCUGAUUGCACUGGCGGGACUGAGUGAGACGGUGACGGUGCUUGUGGGCACGGCGGCUGAGUUGCUGCGCGGGCUGGUGGCGCGGAAGGAGAUUGGGCUGGUUUCGAUGGUGUUUGUGGAUCACUGGAAGGAUGUGUACCUGUCGGAUCUGAGGCUGUUGGAGGGGCUUGGGGCUGUGGGGGUUGGGUCGAUGGUGAUUGCGGAUAAUAUUAUUUUCCCUGGGGCGCCGGAGUAUAUGGAGUGGGUGCAGGCUAGUUGUGAAGGGAAGAGAGAGUUGAGUUUGAAUGUGGAGGGGGAGAAGGAGAAGGGCGAUGCUGGGUUGGUGUAUCAGACUGAGGUUAUUGAGUUUGAGACUCACUUUGGAGUGGAUGGAAUUGCGGUGACGAGGGUGGCCGGGAGGGAGGAUAUCUAG